GAACGAACCUUCAGCGCGUGCGGUUGUGUCGUCGGUCGUUCGAUUCCGGUGCGGUUCCAGUGGAAUGGUUUAAAGCAAGAUUAUUCUCUUCGGUACGCCGCGCAAAGUAGUCCAGUGCCGUGAGAGUGCCGUGUUGUGUGUAAGCGCGUGCGCCGUGUCUGCUGUUGAUCGUGAAAUUUAGCCUUCCGUGCACUGCUGUGAAGCAAAGGUCGCAAAGGGAGGGUGGCUUCUGGGGGGCUAGUGAGCUAAAGGCUAAGGGCAGUGGAAGCAAAAAGGGCCGGAAGAUUUGCAAGCGCUUGCAAUGUUGCCACGGCUUGAAGCGCCCAAGUGUUCCGGAGCCGCAUGGAUCGAUCAAGCCACCACUGGCCUGCUGCUGCACCGUCACCACGGCGAGUCUUGGUGAGCGGGCGUGACGACGCCAGUCUCUUAGAGCGUGCUAAAACUCCGUACGUCGUGUGUGCGUUGUGUCCUGUGUGUAUAGUGGAUGAAAAUUAAGCAAAAAGAAGAAGAAGAAAAAAAAAAGAAAAUAAGCCGCAAUAAUAUUUCCUUUUCUUUCGGUGGGAGUUUGUUUCUGCGUGGCAAAAUUUAAAAAAAAUAAGAAAUCGAGUGUUGUUGUGUGCGAAGCGCGCAGUGUCGAUUGCGUGUGCAUUUUUGUGCAAUUUGUGGGCAAGAAAUUGCGUGUGCGUGUGUUUGUUUGAAAUUGUUCGGGUUAGUGCGUGUGUGUAUUGGGCUUGUGGCAAAAAGUGUGUUUGUGAUAAAUACGAAUAGGAGCAACAGCAUCAGCAGCAGCAGCAAGAUGUCAGCCGAAUCGAUACAAUCAUCAGCGGCCCAUGGGCGGCAGGGGCGUCGGUCGGUUCCAGUUGCCCGCGGAGGCCCGCUGUUGGUCGGCUACCUCCUGGCGACGGUGUUCGUCGUCGGUACCCUAUGUGCCUGGCAGGAGAACGUUCGACCGAAGCUCUACGUCACGCUAGCCGACAAGGAGUACCUCCGGUUCCAGGGGAACGAAUCGACGAACGACUUCUUCAAGCUGGUGCUGCGCGACCCGAACAGCAACAAUCUGCUCGUCGGUGCACGAAACAUCGUCUACAAUCUCAGCAUCUACGACCUGGCGGAAACGACGCGUCUCUCCUGGUACUCCUCGGACGACGACAUCAAGAUGUGCAUCGUGAAGGGCAAGGAUGAGGAUCUAUGCCAAAACUAUAUCCGGGUGUUGGCCAUUCCGGCGCAGGGAUCGCUGCUCAGCUGUGGGACGAACGCAUUCCGGCCGCUCUGCCGGACGUACUCCAUCAACGGCAACAACUACACGGUGGAGACGGAAAAGCCCGGACAGGCGAUGUGCCCGUACGAUCCCACCCACAACUCGACGGCUGUGUUUGUAGAUAACGAGUUGUACUCGGGCACGGUUGCUGAUUUCAGUGGGCUCGACCCGAUCAUCUAUCGCGAACAUCUGCAAACGGAACAGUACGACAGUCUCAGCUUGAAUGCGCCCAACUUUGUCGGAUCCUUCACGCAGGGUGACUUUGUGUACUUCUUCUUCCGCGAGACGGCCGUCGAAUUCAUCAACUGUGGCAAGGCCAUCUUCAGCCGUGUGGCUCGUGUGUGCAAGUGGGACAAGGGUGGCCCGAAUCGGUUGAAGAACCGCUGGACGUCCUACCUGAAGUCGCGGCUCAACUGCUCCAUGCCGGGCGAUUUUCCUUUCUACUUUGAUGAAAUACAAUCUACCAGCAACCUCGUCGAAGGCAGAUAUGGGCAUGCCAACUCUAAGCUGAUCUACGGCGUUUUCUCAACGGCACCGAACGCUAUUGCUGGCUCAGCAAUAUGUGCAUUUUCGCUACAGGAAAUUUCCGACACGUUCGAGGGCAACUUCAAGGAGCAGAGUGGACUGAACUCGAACUGGCUGCCCGUAAACCCGCUAAAUGUUCCCGAUCCGCGGCCCGGCUCCUGCCACAACGAUUCGCGCACACUGCCCGAUCUGACGCUCAACUUCAAAAAGACCCAUUCGCUGAUGGACGAAACCGUGCCCGCAUUUUUCGGCUCCCCCAUCCUGACGCGUGUCAGCACGAUGUAUCGAUUUACUGCGAUUGCGGUGGAUCCACAAAUCAAGACUCCCGGCGGCAAGACCUACGACGUUAUCUUCGUUGGUACAGAUCAUGGGAAAAUCCUCAAAACGGUUAACGCCGAAUCGGCCGACUCGAACAAGAAGGUAACGUCGGUGGUGAUCGAGGAAAUCGAUGCACUUCAAACGAACGAACCGAUCCGGACGCUAGAAAUCGUUCGCACAACGCAGUACGACACACCGAAGGACGGCAGUUAUGAUGAUGGGAAAUUAAUUAUAGUCACCGAUACGACCGUGCUGGCGAUCAAAUUGCACCGCUGCAGUAGUGAGAAGAUAACAAGCUGCAGUGAGUGUGUAGCGCUGCAGGAUCCGUACUGUGCGUGGGACAAGAUUGUGGGCAAGUGCCGGUCGCACGGUGCCCCCCGGUGGUCGGAAGAGAACGUGUUCUACCAGAGCGUCGCCACCGGCGAUCAUGCGGCCUGCCCGUCGGGCAAGAUGGCAAAGGAUGCGAACGUGGUCGAGCGGCAAGGAUACCGAGACCUCGAGUACGAUCCGCAACGUCCGUUCCGAGAUCAGCCGGCCGAUAAGAUUCAGUUCAACUCGGAAAACUACAACGACAAGGGUCCGCAGAUUACGCCCGACCUGAUAAACGCCCAGUACACGGUCGAGACGCUCGUGAUGGCCGUCCUGGCGGGGGCCAUCUUUGCCCUGCUGGUCGGUUUCAUUACCGGCUACUUCUGUGGCCGCCGGUGCCACAAGGAUGAGGACGACAAUCUGCCCUAUCCGGACACUGAGUACGAAUACUUCGAACAGCGCCAGAAUGUUAACCGGAUACAAGCCGAACCGAAGCUACUUCCACAGGUCGAAGAGGUGACAUACGCCGAGCCUGUACUAUUACCUCAGCCGUCUAGUCAGAAUAAGAUGCAACAUUCGCCAAAAAAUACGCUAAGAAAACCGAUGGGCCAUCACCAUGGCGUCAACUCGGAAACGUUGUUCCAGUUCCAGCCGGACAACUACAACAAUGCACGCGACAAUUACCGAGGCCGUGACAACUUCGGUACACUGCGAUCGCACCAGGGUGAUAAUUAUCGUCGCGGUGACGGAUUUUCAACGACCAGAAGUGUCAAAAAAGUAUAUCUUUGAGACGGAAACGGGGCGGCUGAGACCAGCCAGGGACUGAUCAAUCAAAAUAUGCAUUUCUACAUAGGUCCUUAACUCAAACACUCGUAACAGAAGUCUCGGCCGUAUGAAAAGGCAGCCGCCCCGGCAUGGUAUGGUAACACAACAUCGUUCCGACAGUCCACACCAUUCCAGCUCCGGAUCUUCCCCCG